AUAAUAACAAUAGAAAAAAAAAUAGCAGAGGUCAGAAUUACACUUGUUUCAAGUUUUUUUUAAUCUUUCGUUAAGAGCACGAAAGUAUGUAUUUUAUUAAUUUUGCGCAUGCGCAUCAUCAUAAUUCGUAAAAAGAGUACAAGAACUUAGAAUAUCACGGUAUACAUUGAUAACGUUCGAAUUUUUCGGCCAAGGAAACUUUAAUUAAUAGGAGGAUAAUAAGUCGUAAGUUUAUUGUAAUGAAUGGAAAAUCAGGUAUAGUGUAAGCAGGAAAACUGUGGAUUCGUAUAGUCAGCUAUCUAUCAUAAAUAGAAUAAGGAAUCACAAACUUAUUAAUGAAAUGUGUAACUUGGAAUAUUUUAUAUAUACGGUAUAGUAAUAGAUUUUCCAACAAAACAUUGGGGCAUAUUUAAUGUUGAUAUAAGGCAUAUUUAUAUAUGUAAAAGCCCAAUACAACUAAAAGGCGUACAACUCUACGCUAUACCGGUGAGUUCCAACACAAAAUAUUGCUUGGUAGUACGGCGGACACUCAAAGCCAACUAACCAUGUCUGUACAAAGUGUUGCUCUGGCAUCUCUCACGGCCACCUAUACCGACUCGGAGGGCGAAGACGGGGUGGAAGACGACCUUCAGGAGAAUUCGAACACUCCCCAGGGGGCCGCCCCGCAUAAUGCCCAAGUCGGUCAGCCCCAGGCUUUCACCAGUCCCAAAUCUGGCACAUCAGCCUCAAAUAGUCCCGUUGUUGCUCCCAACGUCGGUGGCAAGUCUAGUAACGAUUUGUCGAACGCGCCCACCUUAGUAACAGAUGUGACAUCUAAGGUGCAGAGAUUGGUUUCAUACUUUGAUGAUUCAAUAGUCUCCGAUGACGAGGGAGUGGUACAGACACAGAUCGAUGGACAGCCUUUUGAAAAUGGAAGGCCCUCCUCGAUUAUGGAAUGCUCUCCCUGUUGUCAAGGAGAACAAUUAGUUUCAGAUAGCGAGGUGGACUCCUAUGGCGUCACUAUACCACCAGAGCCACCAGGGCAGUGUCCUGUGGAACUGCAGGAAAAAAUAACAAAACUUUUUAGGAAAAUGGAGAGCAGUGGUUUGGAUAUGAACAAAGUUAUUCAACAAAGGAAGGAUUUUAGAAAUCCAUCCAUUUAUGAAAAGCUAAUUCAAUUUUGUAGCAUCAAUGAAUUGGGUACUAAUUAUCCUCCAGACAGAUUUGAUCCAUUUAAGUGGGGUAAAGACUCGUAUUAUGAGGAACUUGCCAAAGUUCAAAAAACCGAGAUGGAUAAACUUGAAAAGGCUAGGAAAGAGAAAACAAAAAUUGAAAUCGUUUCUGGUACAGCUAAACGACCCAAUAAUUCUAGUACAACAGACGAUGAUGCUAAAAAAAGGAAAAGUAAAUGGGAUCAAGUUGCAACAGGAGCUACUGCCUCGAUAAAACCAACUGUUUUGUUGUCUCAACCAACUCUUACUACUUUAACAUCGUCUGCAACUGGUACCAAAGCAACGGUAAUAUCUGCUUUUGGAUCUUUACCAAAGAAAAGACUGUAACAUACACUGUAAAUCAUUUGUAAAUAUUAUGUUUUUCGAAAAAGCAACACUUCAUUCUUCAUUUAAUAUUACACCAUAUACAGCGAGUUUUAUAGAAAAGUGCAGCAAAUUUCAUGCAUGAAUUUGUAUACAGAUUCACACAGUAUGCCUAUAUUCGUAUUUAAUUAUUGGCUUUAUUGAAUUUAGUGAUUCAACAUUUAAUUUCAUGAGAUAAAGCAUUUUGAAAGUAUAUCAAUAGUACGAGAUUACUAUCUUUAUCAAUAAGGAUAACUGAAUAAAAAAGAAAAAGAAUAAUAAAAGCUAAGGAAGAAGGAUUCUGGAAUUAAAUGGCAAGUGGAAUAAUGUGUUCCACUAUUGAGUUCUUUUACCACUUUUUUUCUCUGUAAAAUAUUUUGAAUUUAAGAUACAUUUUGAUAUUCAUCAUCUUUACGUGAUAUUUUUUCUAUGCUAUUAAUAUGUUAAUGGAUUGAAAGAAAAGUAAAAGUAAAAAAAAAGAAAAAAAACGAAAACAACGAUAACUUUAAUAUAAAAGGAAUUCUUUUUCUUCUUGUGAAUAUGCAUAUUUGUAGAUAUAUACACAUAAAUGCUGGUCAGUGAAACUUUUUUAAGUAUUUUUAUUUUAUGAAUCGACGAAUAAUGUAAAAUAUGUACAUUAUAACAUGUGCUGCCAUCACGAAUAAUUUGAAUCUUUUCCAAUUUAGAUUAACAUUGAAAAAAUAAUUAUUAUUUAUAAUCAUAAUUGUAAGAAAUAAGUUCAUUGAUACAAAAUUAGAAUUGAUUUAAUUUCUUGUAAAUCGAAAUAAAUGAUUAUUAGUGAUACUUUUAUACGAAAGAUUUGUAUGUUUAGAAAUCCAAUGUCCCAUAGCUUAAUAAAUGUGAAAAUCAUAUACAAGUUGACUGAUAUAAUGGAAUAAAUCAUCUCUUUUCUGAUUAUAAUUAAAAAAGCAAAAUGUUUAAAAGAUAAGGAAAAAUAUAUAUAUA